GGCGUCACUCUAGCCUCAGCGCUCUCGUGCAGGUAUUAUCUGGUCAUUUUGCUGUGUGGCAGUUUGCAAAUUAAAGAAACGAAUCAACUAAAGCAAAAUACAGCUAGCUAACGGUAGCCUUUUUAAAACUGCCUUAGCUAGAAGCGUAGGGCAGUUGAAAGUCCAGUUUGAACAGAUAAACAUGGCGGGUUUCGGAGUGUUUACCCACGCUAUUGUUCGGGGUAUCGCUGCGUCCUUACCCAAAGAAGCGUUGAGGAUGAGCAGUGCGGAGGUGGUCUUGGCCCGGGCUCGGCGGGAGCACGAGAUCUAUGUUGCCGUGCUGAAGCACAAACUCGGGCUGCAAGUGAUCGAAUUGCCCGCAGACGACAGCUUGCCAGACUGUGUGUUUGUGGAGGACGCUGCCGUGGUAUGUGGAGAUACUGCUCUUAUCACUAGACCCGGGGCACCUAGCAGGAGAAAAGAGACUGAAGCAGUGAGAAAAGCCCUGAAAGACCUUGGCCUCAAUAUAGUGGAUAUGGCUGAUGAUACUGCCACCCUGGAUGGCGGAGAUGUGCUGUUCACAGGUAGAGAAUUCUUUGUGGGUUUGUCGAAAAGGACAAAUCAGCGCGGUGCAGAAAUUCUUGCGGAUACUUUCAAGGACUAUGCUGUCUCAACAAUCCCUGUCUGUGACAAUUUGCAUCUGAAGAGUUUUUGUAGCAUGGCUGGCCCAGGACUGAUUGCUAUUGGCUCCAGCGAACCUGCACAGAAAGCGCUGAAGAUUAUGCAGCAGAUGAGCGACCAUCACUAUGACAAGUUGACAAUACCAGACGACGCAGCAGCAAACUGUAUCUAUUUAAACAUCCCAAACAAAGGCCAUGUUGUGCUGCACCGCACACCGGAAGAGUAUCCUGAAAGUGCAAAGGUAUUUGAGAAAUUGAAGGAGUACAUGCUGAUUCCAGUAGCUGUCACAGAAACCGCAAAAGUAGAUGGCGCGCUCACCUGCUCGUCUAUUCUCAUCAACAAACAACAUGAAAUCUGACACAAUGAAAGGAGUUCCUGGAAAACAGCAAAAAUAUAAAAAAUGAUGUUUGGUACUUGAGCCUCUGCCUAUUGAUUGACCCCUGUGCUUUUAAACUAGUCUGUCACUGUGCUACUAACCCCUGAAUUAAAGUAUAAAUGUCUGGAUACUCAGAGAUUAGGGUGGCUUGAUCGCUGAUGGAUCUGUUUUUAAUGUAUUCCUGCCUUUUGAGGUUUUAAAGAAAGAAUUGUUAUGCAUUUCCUGACUGACUUUCAGAACAUAGUCAUAUGUUUGCAGCAUCAUAGUCACACCUCCAUCCUGACUGAAACAUCCACACAUAUGAGGGACAAAUGUCCGUAAGGCUCUGUGACUAGCACUUCGUAAUAUAUAGUUUGUGGUGUUUGGCUAUACCAAAAAUGUGAAUCAUGAUAUGAUACCAAUUCAUGUAUCACAAUACUCAAUACUGUCACGACACUAUCAAUUGCAUAAAGUCCCCUAGAAAAAAGCAAAAGGAAGAGAGUAAAAACACCCAGACGUGACCCUGGUUUAUUGUACUCUUUUAACACAUAAAUCAAACAGCAUGUACAAUACACGUCACACAAAAAUUAUAACAGCAGUUUAAAUUAAAAAGAAAAACAUUCAAUGCAGUCUUCAUCAGAUUUUUUUAUUUUUUUUUAUCAUUAGCAGCUAGAUGAUUUUAUGCUGCAUUAUUUCAGAAUGCCCAUGUUGCAUAAAAUAUAAAUACUAAAAAUAAAUAUCCAAAAUUAGGCGUUUAGGGGCAUUUCGGUUUCCAAGCCACUGCAUCAAUAUUCACUACAUGCAAAAGUUCACAUUUCCUUAAUUUACUGAAAAAUAAAAUAUAUAUAUUCUGAUGAAAACAAAAUAAUUCAAUGCAUCUAAUUAAACAAUUUACAGGCCAGUGUUAUAAAAAGUGCAUAUGUGAUUACGUGUACAUUACUUAAGCGAUAGUGCGAUAUUUGCUGUCCAAUCGAUGUGAGAAUUGAGCUUUCAUUACAAAAAGUCAAAAUGAAAAAGCCGGCACUUGUGUUGAAUGAUUUUAAAUUUGAUGCUGUGACGUAGCAGCAGGAGAAUACUGUCUGAUUCAAGCCCGCUAGAGCAUGUGCUCCAUUUAUUUAAAAAACACCUGACAGAAUUUUUAGGGAUUUUGGUAGGCAUUAUGUAAAUUAUUUUUUUUGUUUUCUAAAAAUAAAUAAAUAUUUUAAAAUGCUUAGCACUUCAAAACAAU